AUGGUCUCUUCAGAUCGUAUCCCAGAUGUUUAUGGCCCUGGAACCUACACAGACAAGACCUUUGUUCCCGUCCCGCAAGAUACCGCACGCAUCUUCCGUCAGCUCGCAUCGCAAACACCUGGCUUCACUCAAGAUGAAAGUGUUCUCUCAAAAGUGAAGUUCACUGGUGAGGAGUAUCCUGUCAUCCCAGGACCCAUCAAGGCAACAUCCGUUGCCGCUGCCCUGCAUGCUAUGUGUGGUGUCCUUGGAGAUGAGAUACUCGCAAUAAGAGGUGCCAAAGACGAUAAGCGUGAGAUCACUGUGAACACUACACACGCUGCGAUGUGGUUUGGCUGCAUUGCAACGGCGUUUCUCAACGGAGAAGACGUGUUGAGCAUGUCAGCACAGAAGAAGCUUGGUGAAUUGCUUCCGGACUGGGAGCAGGGCUGGACAGACACACCACUCAAGUACCGUGCAACCGCCCUAUAUCCUACCAAAGAUCCUGAGACAUGGUACUCGCUUCAUGGAAGUAUGAAUGCUCCUCCGACCCUCAAGAUGAUCGGCAUCGACCCCAGCACUCCAGUCUCGUCAAAUGAGGAAGCUGCAGCGCUCAUUGCGGAACAUACCAAGCAAUUUAGUCCUGCAGAACUCGAGCUCAAGAACUUAAUGAACGGUCUCUGUGGCUCCAUCUGCUUCACACCCCAACAAUGGAACGAGUCGACAAUGGGCAAGUCACUAGCUGCACACCCACUCGUCAAUGUCAAGCAGCAGAAACAAGCUAUCUCUACCCCACCCAUCAGCUUCCCACCUCUUAGCCCUCAAGACCGCAGGCCCCUCGCUGGUGUCAAAAUUGUCGAACUCACCCGUGUCAUCGCUGGCCCAGAAGUCGGUACCAUCCUUGCAGCAUUCGGUGCGGACGUCAUCCGCCUCAACCCGCCUCAUCUCCCUGACAUCAACAUCAUGCAACUCACGCUCAACGCUGGAAAGCGUACUUCAACCGUCGACCUUCGCAAAGAGUCUGACAGGACAUAUCUGCAAUCCCUCCUCGCAGACGCCGACGUCUUCAUCCAAGGCUUCCGCAUGGGCAAAAUGGCCAAGUACGGUCUAGGUCUCGACGACAUGCUCGAGAUGGCCGGUAAGAGAGGCAGGGGCAUCGUGUACGUAUCUGAGAACUGCUACGGGCCAGACGGGUACUACAAGGAGCGUCCUGGCUGGCAGCAAAUUGCUGAUGCUGCGGCUGGUUCCGCAUACGUAACUGGUAAGGCACUGGAAGUCACACAGCAGCUUCCGAAGAAUGAGGCUGUGCUGCCUAGUCUGCCUAUUUCAGAUAUGUCAACUGGAGUCCUUGGAGCCGUAGGCGCUAUGCAGGCUCUACGCGAUCGUGCGAUUAAGGGAGGAAGCUAUCAGGUCCACUCUUCGCUUGUUGGUGUAAAUGCGUAUGCGCUGCGUGAAGAUGUUGGAUUGUAUCCGCUUGAGACUGUAAAAGAGUGCCAGGAGAGGUUUCAGUGGGGCGAUAUGCGCGGAAGUCAUCAUGUGCUUGACUUGCUCGUAACAGUCUACAAGGGCUGGAAGAAGGUUAUCGGGCAGUACCUGGAGGAGAACUGUGGAUGGUACCAGAGUUUCGAGAACAGCGCAUUUGGCAGUAAGAAGUUGAGUAUCUUGAAGCCUGUGCCUCAAAUCAAGGGUGCUGAGGGUGCGGCUUGGAGUACUCCAAGCGUACCGUAUGGCAUGGAGAAGUUGGAGGAAUUGAAAUGGUCCUCUUAA